UCAGAGGCCCCGCCCACUUACCUGGUGACGCGCUGGCGACAUCGCGCAUGCUCAGUCCGGGAAGGGCGGUGUUGUUUUUCGUUCUUUGUCGAAGCGGGUCGGCAGUGGGAUCGGGAUCGGUAGGGGGUCCUCACCCUUGCCCCCUGGGGAGCCAGGGACGGAUUAUUCUCUGCGGGGCGACGACAACAGUUUCCUUUCGGGUUGCUACAUCGACCCCACUCCAGCCUCCUCCCGCUGUCAGACCCGUCCUGAGCCGGUGAGAGUUAGUGUGACCCGGACUGCGGCAGUCCCGCUCUACCCCGGCUCACCCGGCCCUGUCCAUCUGUAAUGAGCGACGGACACAUCACAGCCGAGUGGCCUCGGGAGCAGCAGCUCAGACUCAACUCUCCGUAUAGAGUGAGCACACCGGUGCAGGACCAUUGUUGGUCACCGGGGAAGUCGGACUGUGAUUUGCUGGGACCACACUGAACGUCGGCCGGUUAAACAUCAGAGUUAAGUGUUGUCUAUGAUUCUGCACAACUAUUCAGCGUUUACAGCGAGGCUCGGCUUUGGUCGAGAUCGGGAGUGAAUUUAGUGGGAGAAGGGAGUCCUGACAUGUUGAUGUUAAUGAGUCAAUUACUGUCCAAAUGGAUUAAGAGAAACGAUGUCUUUGCCGUCAACCAGAAAUACUCUCCCGGGGUGACUUCUACUGAGUGUGAGCAGAAAGCAUCUUUCACCCUGGUAGUGAGAUGUGAAAUAUCCCACGGGACAGUGACCCGUCACCGAUCUCUCUGAAACAAGAGAAAUCAGCAGAUGCUGGAAAUCCGAGCAACACACAGAAAAUGCUGAAGGAACUCCACAGGCCAGGCAGCAUCUAUGGAGAAAAGAACAGUCGACCUUCGAGACCCCAGCUAAUGUACUUUACAUCACGUCAUCGGUUCUUUCGCUCUUCCCUGCACCACAAAGAGUUAAACUUUCUUCACACUUGAAUGACAGUGUUUUCACUGGAACUCUGGAAUUUAGGAGGAUGAGAGGGGAUCUGAUUGAAACGUAUAAGAUUUUUAAGGGAUUGAAAACACUAGAGGCAGGAAACAUGGUCCUGAUGUUGGGGGAGUCCAGAACAAGAGGCCACAGCUAACAAUAAAGGGCAGGUCAGGCCAAGGAGAAUGAGAGAUGCAAUGCCAUCUGCCACUUAGCGAUUCAGUCGGUAAGCAUACUGUUAGACCUAGAGUGAAAGAUUUACUGGAAGAAAAAUCCACAACUGGAAAGAAAUCACAACUAAAGACGAGGGAACAGCAACAAGUGAACCGGCCCGAGUGCUGAGAACAUCAACUGGAGAGAACCCUUCUGACUCAGAGUUUCCAGUGAUUCAGUCAGGAGAAAGUUUGGUAGACCUGACCUGCGAGAUUUAUUGGAAGAAAAGCCCACGACAGGGAGAAAAUCACAACUGAAAUCGAGGGAGCAGCAACAAUGAACCAGCCCGAAGAUGGAGAGCACCAAAUGGAGAUAACCCAUCUGACUUGACGUCUCCAUUGAUUCAGUCAGGAGAAAGUUUUGGACAUCACCAGCAGGUGGAGUUGUCCCGCACCGCGAACAAAGUGUAAACAAGACGACGACAAUCAACAAUCAUCAGUCAGAACCAGAAUGGCUACAGAUGGGAAAUUAAAUCGGGUACAGAAAGUACUCAAGAGGUUUUUACCUGGCAACUCAUCGAGGGAAGAUGAUCGGGACACGGGAAGCAAGGUACCAAAGCAGGGUCAGGUUGAGAGCAAUGUCCCAAUGGAAUGUGGUCCUGACGCGGAGGAGAAGGAGCAAAGUCAGCACAGAGACAGUGACAUCAGAGACGCCGAUCAGGACUCUGGAACCAGCACAAUUGAGAAGACUGCCUGUCAGCCCAGAGACAGUGGCAUCGGAGACACUGAGCAGAACCCUGGAACCAGCACAAGCGAGGCGACUGCCUUUCAGCCCAGAGACAGUGACGUCAGAGACGCUGAGCAGGACCCUGGAACAAGUGAGACGACAGUCUGUCAGCACGGAUGCUCAUUAAACAAGGAAUUAUCAAGUCCCCAACAAGGAGCAGAGGCAGAGUUUACAAUCUCUGACCUCCUGGCACAGGGGGGCGAGUAUCGACUGUACCAGCUGACAAAAUUCUACAGGGACAGACUCAUUCAAGCGAUUGAAGAAAAGGUUGAAAGAUUCGGUUGGAUGUUGACAAAUGAGGGACAUUUCAGUAGGGAAGAAAAUGAGAAAGUCACUGAACUGACAGAAAAGGGAAACCGGACAGAGAGUUCCAGACUCUUCCUCAGUUUGGUGAUGGACAAAGGCUCCCGGGCCCGGAGGGUGAUGUGGGAAUCCUUUGUGUCAUGGAGGACUGAGUUACCGAAGUUGGACAGAAUACUGAGGGAAAUACAGGAAUUCGAUGUUCAACAGAAACACAAGGAGACUCUGCGGGCACAAACUGAAACACUGAGAGUGAACACGAUCCUGAUGACGGAGAAGGUGAAGGUUUUCCAGCUGGUUGAUCGAUACGCUGAACUCACGGUCAUUUCUACUGUUCGAGAUCGGAAACUGGUGGAACAUGAGCUGCUGGCAAGAGGCAGAGACCAUGAGGAAUUGAGAGAAAAACAUCUCCGCAGAGAGCUGGAAAAAAUCCGGACUGAUCAGUUGUUCCAGAGUAGCUUUUCCAAGAGGAAAUCCAAAUCUGGGAGUUCAGCAGCAGUGGCCGGAGUCCCGGGGAUUGGAAAAUCAACAAUGGUACAAAAGAUUGUUUAUGAUUGGGCAACAGGGAAGAUAUACCAACAGUUCCGGAUUGUAAUUAGUUUUAAAUUCCGGGAGCUAAACACCAUUAACUGCAAAAUAAACCUGAAGGAAUUGAUUCUGGAUCAGUAUCCAUACUUUGGGAGUUCCCUGAGAGAGGUCUGGAAGAACCCGGAGGGAUUGCUGUUUAUAUUCGAUGGUUUGGACGAAUUCAAUGACAAAGUUGAUUUUGCUGACAGCCAGAGAGACACAGAAGCUCAGUACACAUGCACAGAUCCUGAAUUCAAGUGCAAGGUGUCUGACAUUGUGUACAGUUUAAUCCAGGGUAAGCUGCUCCCAGGGUGUUCAGUGCUGGUGACCACCCGUCCCACUGCGUUACAUUUAUUGGAAAAGGCAGAGAUCAGUGUCUGGGCUGAAAUCCUGGGAUUUUCUGGUGAGGAACGGAAGAAAUAUUUCAUCAGGCAUUUUGAAGAUCAGACGGUGGCAGCAGCUGUUUUCAAACAUGUGAAGGAGAACGAGAUCCUGUACACCAUGAGCUACAACCCCUCCUACUGCUGGAUCCUCGCUCUGACACUGGGACCCUUCUUCACACAAAGAGUCAGGGACACACAGCGAGUUCCCAAGACCAUCACCCAACUAUAUUCCUACUAUAUUUACAAUAUCCUGAAAAACCACGGCCGUGAGAUUGAGAACCCCCGUGAUGUGUUGCUCAGGGUUGGUCUGAUGGCCUUCAGAGGAGUGUUUGAGAAGAAGAUUGUGUUUACAGAUGGAAAUUUGAUCAACUACAAUCUGCAGCCUUCCCAGUUCCUGUCCGGGUUCCUGAUGGAGCUUUUGGAGAGAGAGGAAUCUGCCCGAUGUGUGGUGUACACAUUCCCACACCUCACCAUACAAGAGUUUAUAGCUGCAGUCGCACAAUUCCUGAAUCCACAUCCCGGGGAUAUCCUGAAAUUCCUCACUGAAGCCCACAACACGUCAGAUGGACGAUUCGAGGUAUUACUCCGUUUUGUUGCUGGUCUCUCCUCGCCAAUGACAGCUCGGGGCCUGGAGGAGUUUCUGGGUCCAUUUCAUCAUCAAACAACAUGCCGGGUGAUUGACUGGGUGAAGGCGAGGUUAAACGCCAGAUUGGAAACAUGAGUAGUGAAGCUGAUAAAAGGAGCCUCCUGAAUACAUUACACUACCUGUUUGAGUCUCAGAAUCGUGUACUGGCUCAGGCUACACUGGGAUCUGUGGAAACACUUCCAUUCAGUGGAAUGACACUGACCCCGAUUGACUGCGCGGUCCUGUCUCAUGUCAUCAGUCUCUGUGAUACAAUAAAACACCUCGAACUGGAGAACUGUCACAUUCAGUGUGAAGGAAUCCAGCGGCUGGGACCCGGGAUGCACAAGUGCCAGGAGUUGAGACUGAAUUUUAAUAGCCUGGGAGACUCAGGAGUGAAACUGGUGUCUGCGGCUCUGAGGAACCCAGAGUAUAAAAUACAGAGACUGGGGUAAGUACCAGACUGUUGGAGAUUGUGUUUACAGUCACUAGGUGUCUAAUGUGAUCAGUAAUUGUGUUACUGAUAAACACUGGGGGUUGGACUGUCUCCUGUCUCUCUGUGUCCUUCACCUUCACUCUCUAUCAUCUCCAGUCUGGGCGGUGUCGGUCUCGCAGAUUCUGGUACCGAGGAUCUUGCCUCUGCUCUCUGUACAAACCCAUCACUGACGGAGCUGGACCUGAGAGCAAACUCGCUGACAGACCGAUCUGUCCCCGCACUCCGCCACCUCAUACUGACCCUCCCGAGUCUGAAGCGGAUCGAGCUGCGGAACAAUCUAUUCACUGAGACCGGCGAGAAGGAACUGAGAUCUCUGCAGGAACCCAAACCCGGACUGGCAGUGAACGUCUGAAUGUGUGAACAUCCCCGCCCGCGGGAUGGGGGCAUUUUGUACGAUUCCCCGCCCUCCCCUUUAACUACUGCCCUUACCUGAAAUGGCCGCACCAGGUUUAAUUUCCAACGGUUUUAACAGAACUGCCUCCAGUCUCGAGCUGGGUGACAUCGGAAGCUUUCCCGCAGUGACGAAUUUUCGCCUGUUGUCCAGAGUCACAGCUUUCGCCGGCUGUGCGGGUUCGAGAACCCCUGUUCCCUCCCCAUCCAGGUGAGACCCCGGGCAACUACACAGACAGGAAGAGCCCUAGGUCGGGGCUCAGUCUGGACACCGGUGCCCGGGGGUGAGAUUAUCCAGGGAGAGAAUCAUUUUGCUCCCUUUGCUGAGGACGGUGCAUUCGGCAGCCUGGCCGAUAUAAUGAUGUUAAAUGGACAAAUCCCUCGGCAGUGACCCUGGAUCUGCAGCGAUCCCGGACACGGCCCUGAAGUGUGAUUUUAUAAUCAUCAGUUCCCCAAUGCAGAGUGACAGUGACAAACGAAACUGAUUAUUCGAACUGUCACUUCUUGUCGCCGAUCAGUUAAUUGUGUGUGACUGUGUAUGAGUUGAUUUAAUUUGUCAUGAUGAAAUCAAUAAACCGUUGUAACUUCC